GGUCUUGCCCAGGUCAGCACAAACCCAAAAUACACCACUGCAUGUCAUGGUUUAACCCUUACACUGCACUCCCUCACCUCCCAUGUCACACCUACACUGCAAUCCUCACCACCCCAUAGCUCCAUGCCACCCUGCUUCUCAAACUCCUGACACUGCACCACCAUUUCACGCUGUAACCUCAAACCUACUUCCCCAUGUCAAACAUCUCCCUCAUGCUGCACCUCCAUGUCCCCACACUCCCGCCCACUUCUUCUUCCUGUGUGACAUCACUUCUGGGACCCUAAAGCAGAUGGAAUAGCCCGGACACCUAAGUUUCGUUUCUGAAAUCUGAUAAAAAAGUGACACGGUUGUCACAAACUGUACAAUAGAACAUUCGGCUAUGAAGGUUUAGGCACGUCGAGCUAAAACAGGACGUGUAGAGGGCGUUCCGUGUGUUUUGAAGUUCUACUUCCUGGUGUCGCCUCUUUAGACCGAGGAUUCCACCGUCUUGUAUGCUGAAAGCAUUUCUAGGCGCUAUUAGAAAAGCAGACAUUCACCAUAGCUGGCCACACUGCUGCAGUAGGCGGGGCCGAGCCCUCCCGCUGACAUCAGCCAGGAAGGAUUGGGAGAGAGGAGAGAGAGACGAGCUGCCGACAAUCAGCUGAGCGGCGGGAGCGGAACUCAUACAGGGCACUCACAAGUCUUCAGGUGAAUCUCUCCCUGCUUACGAACUUAAAUAAUGGCAUGUAUUUCAAGUUUGUGCUACUUUGUUACUGUUUACCAUCUGGUAUUAUGAUAUAUUUUUCCAAGAAAAGUGACAAAAAAGUAGCUGGAUAAUAUUAAGAUUUAAGUAUGUUGAGAAAUCACUCAAACACAGACCUGGAUGAUGCCCCACAUACUUUACGCUCAGAUCUAUGCAGUCAAGGGAUUUCAAUACCAAGACCAUCACACCAUUCUUUGACUCGUAUAUCCAAUGCCUUAGAAAUUAGCCAGUCACCUAACGGAGUUUUCAUUCAUGAGCCACGCAAUAGCCAGUGCCCCACGUCGGACACACAGACACCUUGUACAAAUAUUAUUUGUAAUGAAAGUUCAUGCUGCACGCCUGUUCCUUCAGAACUCCCCAGCAAUCUAUGUACCACCAAUCAGGAGAAAUAUCAGCAAUCUUCUGAUCAUUUGUGUCUAACAAGCAAGAGAAAUGAGGAGGAAGUCUCAGAAGACAAGAACACUGAUGGACAUAAAAGCAACCCCUUUUCUGAGCAAGAAUCACAUUUAUCUAACAUAUUUUCGUGUCCUGAUGUGCUUCCAUCUUCUUCUGUUUAUUCUUCAGACCAGUUUUUCAGUUUUGUAAUUUUUCAUGCCCCUGAAGACCAGGAGAUAGCUUGCAGGGUUUGUAAUGUUUUAGAACACCAUGUGGUUGGGAAAGGUACAACUUUUUGUGAGGGGUUUGAGACUCCAGGAGUUAAUCCUUUAAUGUGUCUUGAAAAUGCAGUGGAAAACAGUGCGUAUAUUGUACUUUUGCUCACUAAUGCUUUUUUGAAAGCCACAUGGACUCACUUUCAGAGUGCUACAGUAAUGAUGAAUUCUAUAUACAAUCCUGACAAAUUGUGGAGUAUCAUUCCUUUUUAUCCUAAAUUAAAUAAACCAAAUGGUAAGAUUCCAAUAUGGAUAAAAAACCUGAUUCCCUUGGAUGAAAGCUCUUGUAUAUUUGAAACUAAAGUGCGUAACACAUUCAAGAAGGAAGAAAUUAAGAAACGGAAUACAUUGUGGGAAAAAAAAUUGAGAAGAACUACAUCAGAUUUUCAACAACCACAAAAUAUUUCCCUACAAUGUUCGAUGAGUGAUGCCACUGCUGUGUUGCCACAACAAACCCAACCUCAAUUUGCUGUAUUUCAUGGACAGACUCCAGUUAUUCAGAUCAGCCAUGCUGGGAAUGUGCAGAUAGGGAAUCAAAACACCAUGAACAUACAAUUUUCACCAAAUGAGCCACAAAUGGUUUGGGAUACAAACAUGUAUCACGAUGCUGGGAAUGAAACUCCAAAUUGAAAAAGAGAAACGUGUCUGAAAGUGUUAAACAUACAAAAACAUUGUAAUGACUUUUUAAAUGAUUUGAUUUGUUCUAGUCUUGGAUGAUAAGGGUAUUGUACUUUUUACAAUGUACCUAAAUGAUUAGCCUAAGCAGCACAGGAAUUAAAGCACAAUUCAAGACAUUA